GUAUUUCAUUUAUAAAACUUCGAUGUACACGUGCUUUUUAGGAAAUUGUGACUAUUAUUAUCUACUUGCAUUUACAUUAACUCUGGGUAGGUUUUAGGUAUUCGAGAAAGACACCAUUAAAAUAAUGGCAGAAGAGCCAGGAGCAACUUUAGAUAGCCAAUUUUGUGAAUUCGCUAAAUUCGGUGACAAUAAUCGCGAUGGAUCUACCAUCACCUUGUAUAGAUCUGAUUACUGGAUGAGACAAGCUAAAUUAAUAGACGACAGAAAACUAACUAUGACAGACACUGGAAUAACUUUUUAUAAAUUCAGUAAAUCGGAACUCAAUUGGGAAGAAUGGAAAACAUUUUUGGAUAACUUAAUCGAGUUGAAGGGUUUGGACGGGGAGGAAAUAAAGGAAAUACUGACCAACUGCGGCUUGCCAGGUCAAUCACCGGUCGUGGUGCCGCAGUAUAGAGACUUCUUCCUAACAUACAAACCCAAGGAAAAGGGCUUGAUUUUGGGCUGAAAUGUGGUGGCUAAUAAAU